CCCUUAAAUAAUACAGUCUAUCGUUGUGAAGAGACAGCCCUGCGGCGCCGAACCGGAGACUCAAUUGGGAAAACUCGCCUCCCAAUAAGAGUCUCCGCCAUGUUGUUUGUUUUCAAGUCGAGCGGAAGGCGAACACUCGGAGGAUCGCGCGACGCCCACGAGCCACCGCCAGGCAUGGAGAACCUCGAGGCCGUGUUGGAGGAGCUAGAGAGGUUUGAGAAGAAGGGAGGAGAGAGCCCGCCCAAAUUACUUGAAGAAUACCUUCAUCAUGUGGCCAAAACAGGAGACACUAUUUUCCCAUGGCACAGAAUCCGGCAUUUCAUCCGCCACAUGUUGGCCACGGUGAUGAAUGAGUUUUAUGAGAAUUGCGGGGGGGAGGAUAUGACGGAAUGCAGGAAUGUGCCAGCUUUUUCCUAUGUCCCUACACGAGACAAGAUUCUACAUCACUUUGACACCUUCACAGGGGCGCCCUUUACUAUACAGAGACUAUGUGAAAUUAUGAUAGAUCCCACAAGACACUACAAGAGAACAGACAAAUUCCUGCGAGGUCUGGAGAAGAAUGUUUUAGUGGUUUCUAACAUUGAGCCAGGGCGGCAGCGUCGAGGUGGAGAUGAUGGGCAGACCCUAGUGAAUGGUCUUCAAGAGGGCGGCCUCCAUGCUUCCACAGUUUCAGGUGUUUCUUCUCCAACGUCUACACACCCCCAUCACCACAAGAGGGUGCCCUCUCCUCAUCACCCACAUUCCAUCUCAAAUAAUAUGAAUGAUGCAUAUGACCCUGAUAUGAACAUGUGUGAAAGCCAAGUGACAGGUUCAGAAGCCAAUGGCCCAAGUAUUGCUCAGACUGAAGAGAUGAAUCUCUCCCCAGUGGUGGAAAAUUCAGAGCCUCCUGCUAAAAAAGCAAGAACAGAAGAAAGCUCAUUGGUCAAAGCAUCAGGUUCUGCUGAUGAUCUUUCACAACCACAAGAGAAAGGUGAUGCCUUGGCAGCACCCCAUGAGACAGACAACAUGGAAGCAGAGGCAAGCGAUGAUGGGAGUAAUACCAGCAGCAGUAGUAGCAGCAGCAGCAGUAGCAGCAGUAGUUGUAGUAGUGCCAGAACUGAAGAGGAAGCUAUGGAAACAGCUGAAGCUGAAGCUACUUGUUUAUCCAUGAAGACUGAGGAGGAAGAAGAGAGUAAAAUGUCUGUAGAAGAGAGUACUUCAGGUCAGCAAGUUUGCACAAGUGAAGGUGUUGCUAGUGAAUUGGCCGAUGGUAAUGAGGAAAUUCAAGCUAAAAAGGAAAAAGAGGAAAUGGUGUUGUCAUUACCCCCUGAGGUAUGUUCAUCAGACAGUUCCUGUGUAGACAACACUGAGGAUGCUAAGGAACAAAGCCUAAAUUCAACACCAGAAUCAUCGCCAACAAGGGCAACCCAAGGCAGCCCAGAUUCUGUGGAAGACAACUCAGAGCAAAUUCUCCAACAGCACCAGCCUGAGGACAACCACAAAGUUGAAAAAGAAGGCAGCUCUGAGGCAACAGCAGUAGCAGACAACAGUGACAGAAAUGAACCAGAAGUAGUUGUGUCAGAAGGACGAUCCAUGCAGGAGCAGCAGAGUGAAGAUAGUCAUGAGGCUGACAGCACAUCUCAUCCACAGACAUCUGCAUUCUCCAGCCAACCCUCAGAUUGUUCUGUUGCUGUUUCAGCAACAUCUUGCUCAGAAACCUCUGAAUCCAGUCCUGGCAUUCCUUCUCCUGCCACUGAACCAGAAUCUGCUCUUACAAGAACCACUGAUUCAGACCUCAGUCAGGCAGCAUCACCCCCUGGGAGUACCAAUGCUACACCUUCACCAACAGCAGCACCACUUCCACCUUCACCUUCAGAUGGUGUAUCAUCUGGUGAAGAAGAGGACACCCCAGAACCUACCUCUAUAACCAGUCCUGCUGCCUCAACAUCCACUGCAUCUCACUCAGACUCUACAGUUUCUCAAGGUACAGAAAAAAUGGCAACAGACAGCUCGACUGAAAAAAACCAAGAUACUACAGAAAAGGAUAUUGCCAGUGUUAGUUGUUCAAGUUCUCUGGAGGGUGAAGAUAAAGCCCAGCCAAUGGAAGAAGACUGAGUUAGUUUGGAACUUUUGUAGCAUAUUUUUGUAUAAAUUUAUUUACACAGCUGUACCUGCC